AUGUCUCACUACACUGCUAAUUCUGUGGGUGAGCCUACUGGGGGACUCAGCGUUCUGUUCACGGUGCUUUGUGUCGUGGACCUGUUCGGAGUGUUCCCUGUCAUCACGCUACCCAAAAGUGUAAUUUCUUGCGGUAUCUACGCAAUUCCCCUGGUGUUGUCGGUGUUCGGCUUACAACUUUACACUGCUGUAUUGCUUGGCAAAAGCUGGCUGCUGGCGCAGGAGAUCACGCCGUAUAUUAGAGAUAAAAAUAGAUUCCCUUACGCGGCAGUCGCUGAACUCGCGUUCGGGUCACCGGCCAAGAAAUUGGUUACCUUUCUCAUCGAUGCUGCAAUUUUCGGCUCCGGUGUACCUAAUUUAAUUAUUGCGGCACAGACCCUUCAGAUAUUUUGGUGGAAGAUAUCAGGCGGGAUGGUGAGGGUUACCUACUGUGUGUGGAUGGCGGUGCUAGCAUUGCUGCUUUGUCCUGUGACGUGGCUUGGCUCACCGAAAGACAUGAAACCUUUAGCUGUGUCGUCGGUAUUCAUAGUAAGUACGGUGGCCGUCACCACAUGGACGUGUAUAGUUGGAGAUGAUGUGUCGCCACCUUCAGCUGAAACCGUUAUGGACCUGAAGCCAGAUAUACAGAACUAUCUGAUAGCUUAUGGAAUAUUGGCUUUCCAGUUCGAUAUACACCCAAUGCUGUUAACCCUUCAAGUGGACAUGAAAGACAGUCGCAAGAUCAACUUGGCGGUUUUGGGAGGGUUCGGGUUCACCGGCCUCCUGUUCACGGUCACCACCGUUCUGGCCGGAUUGAGAUACGGCAAUGACGUGAAUAAUAAUAUUUUACAGACGUUACCACCGACAAUACCCCUCUACAUGGUGGCCCUUCUAGUCACUCUGCAGCUCUGCCUAUCGUGUGCCGUAAGCAACUCGCCCCUUUUUCAACACAUCGAAGACUACCUGAAGGUUCCCAGAAAUUUCUGUUUCCAACGCUGCAUAGUCAGGUCCAGCAUCUUGCUUUUAGCUGUACUACUGGCUGAGGCAGUGCCACGAUUCGACUUAGUGAUGGGUUUAGUCGGAUCCACUCUAACAGGCCCACUCAUGUUCGUCUGCCCUCCGCUGUUCUUCCUUAGGUUAUGUUAUAUGAAGUCUCAAAUGAGAUCGGAUAUAAAGGGGAACCGCGUACGGACCAAUGAUGCAACACAUACGAGUACAAACGCUAUCGACCUGCCAAAAAACCCGCUCAUUUCUCUUACGCAACAUACUACGUAUAAUACUUUUGAGAAUGCUACAGAAAUAGUCGACGAAUAUGGCAUAAAAUGGUAUGAUGUUGCAUUAGCCUUAGUAGUGAUGAUUAUCGGGAUGCUUGCAACAUUAUUGGCUACUUACUCGAGUUGGUCUGAUUCCAUAGAGUAUGCGAGUUUUAGUCCGCCAUGUUUAAUGAAUGCUAGUGAGGCUGCCAGGGCCUUCCUUCAGGCACCGGCGCUUAACGUUUGA